AUCAGAUCAACUGCGGGCAUCCUCCGAGAGCAAAGCACAGGGACGCUCCAUCACACCGGGACCAUUUGUGGUGCUGCUCUGCUGCUGGCUUGUGCUUUUUUCGUCAUUUUUUCUUUCCUCUGAACAAACACUGGAUCCUCGUUGACACCAUGAAGGAAAGGAGAAACACGCAGCCGCUGGUGGUGAGAUGUAAACUGGUUCUUGUGGGAGACGUUCAAUGCGGAAAAACGGCGAUGUUGCAAGUGCUGGCGAAGGAUUGUUACCCAGAGACCUAUGUGCCCACGGUGUUUGAAAACUACACAGCCUGUCUGGAGCUGGAGGAGCAGCGAGUGGAGCUCAGUCUGUGGGACACUUCAGGUUCUCCAUACUAUGACAACGUGAGGCCUUUGUGCUACAGUGACUCAGAUGCAGUCUUGCUGUGUUUUGACAUCAGUCGCCCUGACACUGUGGACAGCAGUCUGAAGAAGUGGAAAACUGAAAUCUUGGACUUCUGUCCGAGCACACGUAUCCUGCUUAUUGGCUGCAAGACCGACCUUCGCACAGAUGUCUGCACACUGAUGGAGUUGUCCAAUCAGAAACAGACUCCCAUCACCUAUGAGCAGGGUUCUGCUAUGGCCAAGCAGCUGGGUGCAGAGGCUUACCUAGAGUGCUCAGCAUUCACCUCGGAGAAGAGCAUCCACAGUGUUUUCCGCACCGCAGCGAUGGCCUGCAUCAACAAACUGCAGCCUCUCCCAAAGCCCAGCCCCACCCGCCGCCUCUCCAAAAGACUCCUCCACCUGCCCAGCAAGUCAGACUUGCUCUCCUCCACCUUCAAGAAGGAGAAGGCCAAGAGCUGCUCGGUCAUGUGAGUGGAAACCUCUUGGGUUACAGUCCUCACAUGCAACCCUCAGCCCCUGCCUCUUUGGUCUCGGGGAAGGGGGGGUGGGCACGAUGGUUUUAUCAGGUCUACCUGCUGAAUCCUUCCCUCACCCCCCCAGAAACCAAACACCCCUCAGAAGAGGUGGACACCUCGCUGUCCACUUGCUCCUGAACCUUUUAGCGCACAUCCAUCUUUUUCCACUGUUUAUCUUGCUUUUGAACAAACAAUAUCAGUCGAGGUUUGAUCAUCGAGCUAUCAUUUUCUCACCUGUAAACAGUAUGCAACUACAACGGUGUUACAUCUGUCUGAUUUUACUAUCUAUAGGCACAUGUUGAUUUUGUCCAAAAUGGAAAUGUGCAACGUGUAAAGUUUAAUCUUGUGAUGUAAAUGCCUCUCUGACAAUUCAAUGGAUAUUUUUUUAAGUACAAAAAGAAAUCUAGCAUGAAACCGUCAGGAAUUAGCAAAAUCCUGUACAUCCCUCCCAGUAAGGUGUGUGAGGUGUGAAAUAGCGUGUCACUGGUUUCCCCAUUUAGUGAAAGUACAGGGAGCAGUGGGACAAACCCCAGUGAGAGCUAUUACAUAGAGACUGUUGUUAUCGUCUCAGCGGUGAUGAGAGCAGGGAUAAGAGGAGCGUUGCAGGCUGCUGUGCAGACAGCAGUCUGGACUAUAUCAACCUGCUAGGUUGAUUGUUAUUGCAUGGUUGUGUAGCUCUGGACAGCGCUGCUCCGCAGGCCUUCGGUGGACUCAGUGGAGGAGGCUCUGUGUAUGCAACAUGACCGCAGAAAAAUGGCUGCAGAAAUGAGAACACAAAAUAAAAAGGGAAGUUUAUCUGGGCUUCCAGUGUCUUUGCUGUCACUGCUGGAGUCUAAUCUCUGGUGAUGAGACAGACACAUUUUAACAGAAGGGAAAAGAUGCCUUUGUUGUGACCAGGAGCAUAAACACAAACAGUUCAAUGUCGAGCUGUUGAGUGCUAUUUAUGAAGCUGUGGCUGGUUAUUGAGUCCAGUCAGCGUGUUAGGAGGCAUAUUAAAAAGCAUAAGAUCACUCCUAGCUAAGUCAGACUGACUGGUAUUGUGAAAAUCUGGUUUGUUUUUGCAAAUAUUCUUUGGAAAAGAUUUGUAGCAUUGCAUUGUUGACAGUUUCUCAACAAUUCUCAAAUGGUAUGCAGUUUUGAAAAAUGCCUUUCAUAUCAUGUUCCCGGAAGUCAUUGAGAUUUUUGAAUACUGCAAUUACUGUAAUAUGCCUGUGGAUUUCUCAUAUGCGCAUCGAUCCAAUGUAGCACUCCCAACCUGACUCUAUUCUUCCAAGAUGACUGAAUUUUUGUUUUGCACACACUUGUUAAUCUGUCGACCUCCAAUAAGCAGCACUUACUGUAGGUUACAAUCACUACAGGGCAACAAUUGGAUCUUUCUCUGAGCUUAAAUCUUUGGCUUCAUGGUUAUGUGUGUGUGCAGCAUCGAUCUCUGUGCUUCAACCAUAAAGCAAUAAUGAUUUAAGUGCUUGUGAUGCAAGGUAACCUGUGUGGCAAUAAAGACGCAGCUUUGUGAUUACUGUCAUGCUAUAAGUGCUCCAUGGACCGACAUGUUAUAGAUUGAAACCAUCUCUGCUGUACAAAAGGCUGCUGAUCUGUGUUUGCCGCCCCUCCUCCGUGUAAGUAGCCACUGGUAUAUAGAAAAACCAAUGACGGUGUCGUGCUGUGAAAUAGAUCAGAGCGUGUGAACAAGAGGAACCACUGGAGGUGCUAGACUUUGCUGUCGUUUCUGCAUAAUUCUAACAAAAAGUACCAAGACAGUAAAGUGACUGAAUUGCUUGAGUCAGCUGACAAUGACAUGCUUUUCAAAUUGGAAAUAUUCUUCAAAAAUUCUAAUGAUUAUUAAUUAAGGGCUAGCGUGUGGAAAAAAAUAAAAUAAUGCAGGAAUAAGGAGAACAAGUAAUCAAAAUGCACAGGCUGGCCCUGUCCAAAGAAAGCUAUUUUUCCAUUCUUCUUUUUUGUGUGCGUAUUUUUUUGUGUAUUUAAUCGCAUGAUGUGAGUCCUUGUGUUGUUUUCGGAGAGUUCUUCCUGAAAUGGCUGUGUGUCUUUACGGAGCUGUGGACUGCCCCUGAUAGUCGCAGGAACUAAAAGUGGUGAUUUGCACAAAGGUUUCCAGUUCAUGGUCACACACCAAAUUCCUCAGCAUUGCCUAGCAACAAUUCAGCGCAGAAAACACAGAGACGUGCUCUUGGGUUGGUUGUGUGGACAGAUAGGGUCGGCUCACAAGCACACAUCCCCACAUCCAUUAUUGCAGCAUCAGUUAUGCAUUCAUUGCCGAGCCUGUUGAGGAAAAAAAAAAAAAAACCUUUCUUGAUAUUUUUCUUUGGGUUAGGGAGCUGAUGUCAGGCAUUCUGAAGAUGGGUUACAUGGCGGCUCAGUGACCAUUUCAGUUAAUAUGCAGCCUUUGUGUUGUAGUCGGUGUGUGGUAAAAUGGUGCAGUCAAACUCCUAAGCAUGUCCUAUUAAAGUUGUAUGAUUGUACAUACCGUCUCUUGUUUUAUAUUCAUUGUGAGGCAUCUUCAAGGAUGUCACAUGAAAUAUUGUUGCUGAUGUGAAUAUUUAUUUGGUAGCUAUAUUUGCCUUUUUUUUUUUUUUUGAUCGACAUGUACAUUUGUUUAAAAUCUAUUUUGGAAAAUGAACUUUCUUUUCUUUUUUGUUUUAUGUUUAUUGCUGUGUUGAAUAAAGCUUGCCCUGUCCGGCACUCUUAAA